AUGGCGAACGAGGAUAUUGGCGGUGUUCAGGUCUACAAAAGACUAGUGGACAAUCUUCUGGAUCGCGCCGCACAGGUCAAGCCCGACAAGCAGAUCGAACCCCCUUUGACCGAAACAUACCUGGGCGAAUCGAUAUGGCAAGUGCCAUCUGAGGAUGACAAGGUUACAAAGCACUUAAGCCCACAGACUAAGCUUGCGGCCGUGGAAAUCGCGUUUCGCGAGAAGUUCUAUCGCGUUUUGGCCUCGACUUCCAUCGGUGACCCUGCUUUCAUUCAAAUAUGGAAUCUCCUUGACAUCGUCUCGAUAUUUUCUGAUAAUGAACAAUGCGAACCCGGUCUGAUUUUCUGGCUCAUUGAAGAGCUCUUGGAUAGUCAAACUAUUCAUGGUUGCCGUAAGGUGUUUGACUACUUGGAGUCCCGAAGAGAGAGGAACACCAAGAAACAUUUCAAACAGAAAAGCUUAGUUAUUCUACGAUCAUGCAACGAGCUUCUUCGCCGCCUCUCGCGCGCAGAAGAUACAGUGUUUUGCGGCCGGGUGUUUAUCUAUCUCUUCCAGAGUUUCCCACUUGGAGACAAGAGUUCGGUUAACCUUCGCGGCGAGUUCCACUCUGAGAAUGUCACGGCUUUUGACGGAAUUGCAAAUGAGUCUACCGAUAAGCAGGAGCAGGAUACAACAAUGACUGAAGGGGCUGAACCCACGGCACCCGGGCAGGCAGCGGCGGGCCAGGCUGAGGCCUCUUCUCAGCAAACAUCGAAAGUGCCCAAGGUCGUUGUUUCUACUGGGGAUGAGAAGAAAUCAGAUGAAGUUGACUUGAAUGCACUCUACCCGCUCUUCUGGAGCCUUCAGGCCUAUUUCUCCGCACCGAGCAAGACGUUCGACGCUGAACGGUUUACAUCAUUUAAGACUGGAAUGGAGGCUACGCUGGCUGCAUUCAAGAGCAUCAAUACUGAGAUGGAAAACGAGAGCUCUGCCCGAGCAUCAGAAGAUGCCCGCAAGUCGAACAAGCGCAAGCGCAUCGCGGAUGGUACCGAAGUCGCCACCAGUUUUAACCCGAAGUACUUGACCAGCCGGGAUCUAUUUGACCUCGAAAUCAGCGAUACUGCCUUCCGACGACAUGUUCUUGUCCAGGCUCUCAUUCUUCUCGACUUUGUGCUUUCUCUCACAUCAAAUUCCAAAUCGCGCCUGGCUAAUACGACGAACAAGUCCGUUCUUUACGGUUUCACUUUGAACGAGGAGGAUACCAAGGCCCGGGGGAAGUUCUAUUAUCGUAUGGUGGACACAGUCUUGUCUCGAGACAAGAACUGGGUGCGGUGGAAAGCCGAGGGCUGUCCAUUGAUUGAACGAUUGGCCAUCUCGGCUGCGGAGUACAAGGCUUCCCGCGAGCAUGCUACCAAGGCGUAUGCCAACAAACGCCUUCGUCCGUCCCCAAUGGGCUCUCUCGAUUUGAAGUUCCUUGCCGACACCGAGGCGCUGGCCAAUAUUGAACGUCUCAAGGAAUCCGACCGAUACAACGUUCCUUCCGCCGACUCGUUCUUGAAGGGCAUCAUGGAUGAUGAAAUGGACAUCGAUAUGGCGAUGACUGACGAGGACAAGGCGAUUGCCGAGGGUGCUAAAGCCAGCAAGUCCUGGCGAAUCUUGCGUCUUGCUGCGAAAGGAAAGCUUGCUGCAUUCGACAAAAUUGGAGAGGGCAACAACCUACAGGUCUUGUUUGAGAGUGCUACAGCCGCGGAUGAUCACAAUGAGCUCAGUUCCUCUGGUGAUACCAAGGAUAUCUCCCAAUCCCUCGAUGGAGCUCAGGGUCUGCCUGUUGGAACCAAAGGGCUCACUGAAGCGACCGAGACUGCUGGAUCCGAAGAGCCUGUUGAAGGCAAAGUCGAGACAGCUCAAGAUCUUCACGAUCUGCCCCAGGGCACAGAUGAGCGGGAAAUGCAAGUCGAAAACAAAGACGUCAUCAGGGAACAACAAGACCCAAGCACCGAUAACAACAAGGAAGAGGCCCUUGCCGCCGCUAGCGCCUCGAGAGAGGACUCUGCCACGUAA